AUGAACAUUUUGAUAUCACUACUUCUUCCAAUAUUAUCAUCGUAUCCGGUGAUUAUCAGUGCCAUACAGCAACAGAAUUCACCUGGCAGGCCAAUUCCAUUAUUUUUACAAUGUGGAAAUUAUAUGUUUAAUAAUGAAACUUUAGGAAGAGUUGAUUCAAUUGAUUAUAAUCCACUUUUACGAUCAGAUGGACAUUUCGGCUAUCCGGGCCUUAAAAUACGAUUCAACAGGAAUGCAUUCAGUUAUGGUAGUUCAAUAAUUGCUCAAAUGUUAAAUCAACAAAUACGAAAUAUUCGAAUACCAUCAUUCACUCAAUGUCUACCGGAAGUUAAUGGAUGCGCCUAUCUUACAAAUAUUUUGGUGACAAAUUAUCAGUGUGCUCAACGUGUCGCAUUAUUUCCAAUUUCACAUAAUGAAAUUGCUCUUAAUAUUCAAAAUUUUGACCUAAGUCUAAGUGGACAACUUGGUGGACAAAUUGUUGUUUUAUUACCUUUACCACUUUGUGGAACAUUGUGCAUCGAUGCUAGACAGAUAUCAGUAUCACUACAAUUAGCAAUUGAACGAAAUGUGUACAAUAGCGCCGCAUAUAUUCGUAUGACAAAAUGUUCAUUAACAAUUGGUUAUUUAAAUAUACAUAUUGUUAAUGGUGGAUUAAUUGGUGAAGUUAUUAAUAACAAUUUUCGGAAUAAAAUUUUAUCACAAGCAUAUGCAGCAUUGCCAGAAAAAUUUUGCAAUAUGAUACAACCAUUGAUUGAUGAGCAUAUAAAUUCUCGACUAAUUAAUAUGCCACAAAGGAUUCCAAUUUCACAAAUGAUUUCAUAUGCAUCAUUCCUGAUCAAUAAACCGAAAAAGCUACCGGAAUACUGCUAUUCUGAAAUUUGCAAACGCUAUCAGUCCACCAAUAUAUCAUUAGCUAACAAAAAGCUUAAAACAAAAGCAAUCCAUUCAGCUGGUGUAUCAAACAUUGAUAAUUUUGAUCAGAAAGUAAUUGGCAGUAAUAAACCGUUAAUGAAAUCAGAAGAAAUGAGUGGUAGUAAUAAUACAAUACCGGAAAUUAUUAAAUUACCGAAUGUAACAGAUCAAAGAUUAUUGAUACCUGAAACAACAAUUGAGAAAUUUCCUCGAAAGAUUCAAAAGAAUUGGCAGAUUAGAAGAUGGCAAAGAGCGAAAAGAAAUAGUGGAAUAAUAAAUGUAAACAAUAAUAUUUGGCAACAAUGUGCCAAUUGUGAUUAUGAGAAAAGUGAGAUAAUAUCAUAUUAUUAUGAUACUGUUAUCAAUCAUAUUCAGAAUUGUGCUUCGGAUUUAGUUUUAGCAACGCAUUUUCUUGGUUCAUCAGCAACAAACUCUGACUUAACUCUAAAUUUCCUUGAAGAAAUUAGUCCAAAUGCGCGUGGUGGUACACCAUUUGCGCCACCUAUAUUACAAUAUCCUGUAUCAGAUAGUGGACAAAUGAUUGAUCUCCUUAUCAGUGAUUAUACACUCAAUACAUUACUCUAUCAUUUUCAUAGGAAAGGUAUUUUUGCAUUUCGAAUUGGUCCUGAAAUACCAGUUAUUGGUGAUUUAUUAAAUUUAACAUGCACAGCAGAAGAUAUCGAUUUCGAUUUAAGUCUUGAAUUACAGGAUAAUAAGGAUUUCGCAAAUGAGACAGCAUCAAAUGAAACGAAUUCGCAAACGAAAUCGCAAGAUAAUCGUAAGAAACGACAUACAGCAAUGGAUACUUUAAUCAAUUUUGGUAUAUGUCUAGGUGAUAUUGCACCCGGAAUUCGUGAAAGAAAUCCCGGAAAACGAACUUAUAUUAUAAUCAAAACAAAUCGAGCACCAUCUGUGCUAUUUCAAAAUGCUAAUAAAGGUACUAUUGUAAUUGAAUUUAUAAUAGAUGGGCUUAUUUUUUUGGAUGGUACCAAUAUAAAAGUUGGCCAUUUACAAAUUAGGACUGUUUCUGCAAUAGUGGCCCAGCUUAUAGCUAAUCGAAUUGUUGCCAAAGUACAAAUUGAACGGAUGGAAUUUAUUGAUAUUGAUAAAACAUUUGGCUUACCAUCUGAAGCAUUCACUAAUCUUUCUGAUUUAGCCCGAGGAAUUCUUACUAGGGCAAUAAAUAAAAAAUUAGCAAAUGGUAUUCCAUUAACAAUGCCACAAUUAGGCUUACCAAUUCAAUUUUCUAAUCUUCAUUUUCAAGUGAUCGAACAUGCUUUAUUAAUUUCCACCGAUGUUAGCAUUCCAUCUUUGACAUAUUAUUUACCAUAUCAAAGGUUUACCGGAUGUCCUUACUAUUAUCAAAUAUCAUAA